AUGAUCGUGGCUAACGAGCAUUCACGUGUAGAUCCAGUGUCCACUUUCGGCCUCGAUAUAACAGAGUGCUUGGCAAUUGUUUUGCACAAAACGGUCGGAAUCGACAGUAUCGAGGCUGCUCUGGAAGACUUCAGCCUUGACAGGGCUUUCUACCUCAGUGAAGGAUACGAAGGAGCCCAGGCUGACAAGAGAUGGUCGGCCAUCAUGGCUGCGCUGCAGUCGGCAGUAUUCCAGAGAGAUGGUCAUAUCCUCCUAUGGGGACCUGAAUACAACAUCCGUAGAGCAGCCAGGAGGCAGGCUAGCAAGGCGCGUGCUGUCGGCGAUGCAGAGCGACGGGAUGCUCAAGGUGGAUGA